UUUCUUUUAUCAUCAUUUUCCCUUCUGUUAACAAAAGACAGGUUAUUUCCAAUCGGCUAUUUUCUUCCCUCCCAAUACCGACCGAAUCUUGUUUAGACUGCCAAAUUGAUAUUCCAAGCUGAUAUAAUUGCAAGUGCCGUUGCUAAAAAAUGAAUAAGUUGAUGGAAUACGGGAAGAAAGCGAUGUUUUAUGUUAGAGUUUUAUCAGGUUAUGAAGAACGUCGUAUCAGAGCUUACCGACUGGAGAUCGAAAAACGUAUUGCUGAGGCAGAACGGAAGAAAGCAGAGAUUAGAAAGAUUCCCGAGCAGCUUAUAUUGUCUGAGGUGAGACAGAUGGUGGAGGAGAUGCAAGCUGUGAACAAGCAGUUUGAGGACACGGAGGCUGCGAUUAAUGAAUAUUUCAAGCCAGUUGAUAAGCAGGCUGAAAUGAUUGUUGAAAUGCAGCUUCAAGAAGAGGAGAAGACAAUGAAGCAGAUGGUGCAAGCCAUGAAAGCACAAGCUUUGCUCGAUAAUGAACAGGCCUUGAAAAGUGCAAAUCUUAAAAUUGCGGAGACAAAGCAAGAGACCCCAGAUGAUGCUUCCAUUCAAACCAGCAAAGCUCAAGCCGGAUCAAAAUGACCUGUGACAUAAGAAAGAUCAAAAGUGAUAUGGGUAUGUUGCUAUGUUUUCAAGACGAUCACUUAUUAUCCUUUUGACGACAACAUAUUUAUCAUGGUUCGGGAGUUUUUCAAUUUUCUUUCUGGGUUUAGGAGAAUCGGAAAGGAGGUCUUCUGUGAUGUUUUGAGUAGCAUUUGGCCGUUAAACUUACUGCUUUGCCAUUAUGGCAUGUAUUCAAGGAUAUGUUCCUGAAAUUGCAUGUCAAAAAGCAACUAUCAUAAUUUUCAUGGGAUAAAGGGAAUAUACAUAGUUAAAUGCCACACAUAUUUCAUCCAAUGCUGUAAUUUUAAGCCUUUGAAAAUGCUUUAAAACUCACAGAGGUGAUUCAUGUUUGUUCAAUAAAGUUAGGUCUGUGCCCGUUGUUCCCCGUCGUGUUGAAAUAUGAAGAACUUAGCUAAGUCCUUGAACUCUGUUUACUAUUGUAUAUUCUCAAUGGGACUAAUGUUCAACUGUGAGCUUCUUGUGUAACCGAGAGGCAAUGUGACAAGUAACAAGUAUAUCAAAAGUAGUUACUUUUGCCAUUAUUAUGAAUGAAUUUUUUUUUGUA